UUGUGGCCGCGUCAAACCCAGAGGACGAGGGGAAAGACACGGCGCCCGCGCCUCCGCCUCCUCCGCUCGUCGUCGCCGUCCGGUCCAGCUGCGAGAUGGCGGCGGCGGUGGACCUGGAGGAUGCGUUCGGCGCGGUCUUCGGCGAAGCCAAGCCGGAGGGCCACCCCACCGCGCGCCCCGUCCUCUUCCGCGCCCACGCCCGCUCCGCCGCCGCCCUCCGCGUCGUCGCCACCGACUGCCACUCCCUCGCCUGGGACUGCUCCCUCUCCGUCUCCGACCUCGACGACCUCAGAGACGAUGUUGGAAUCGGGGGCUCCUGGGCCGACUUUCUAGAUUAUCUCAAGUCCUCCUUGUCCUCCGGCGAGGUGAAGCUGCUCUUCGCCACCGACAAACUCCGCAAGUCAACCGGUUCUGAUGGUGCAAAGCUUGUGGCUACCAAGGCAAAGGGCCUGCCUCGCAUCACCAUUUCUCUCCAUAGUGUUACUGGCGCUACGACGAGUGAUAUCAUAGCCGAGUUCUCGCUAGCGCUCUAUGGAGCUUAUAGGACUGCACGGGAGCUUGUAUCCAAAGAACAAGAACAAAUGUCACAGCUGAUGGGAAAUCUGUCAACUGAAAGAGAAAAGAACGAAAUCAUGCAAAAACAACUCGAAUCUCUUUCUUUCCUAGACAAAAGAAAGGCAACAAAGCCAAAGCUGUUGGCUGAUCAGGUUCCAAGUGUGUCUGCUGUGACUCUGGUCUCUGACCAAGUUACAGCUCCUGUGCAGCAGCAAAUAUCAGUACCUUCACCUAGUAAAGCCCCUCCUGCUAAAGUCACGAAGAGGGUAGCCCCCACGUCUCGGAGGGCAAGAGUGCGAGGAGCUCUGCUGCAAGAUAAUGAGGAUGAGGAUGACAACUGACAAAGAGUUAGAGAUGCUGAUAUCUUGGUUUAAGUUUGCUAUAUAUGUGAACUUACAAAGAGUGGCUUGUGGUUAAUCAGUUUUCUGGCUGUUUUGACUCGUCUCGCACUUGUGGAAAUGAAAGUAAUUUUAAUUCAUGCUAUGAUGCUAAUUGCUAAGUUCAUAUAAAUAUAAUUUUUUUCAUUUUUUUUAGGAUUUAUCAUGCCUCUGCUACUGAACAUAGGUAGAGGAUGCAAAGACCAAAUGCUGCUCCUCUGAAGACGUAGAGAAAGAACCCCAUGUAUUGGGAAAAACUGAGUGGUCAGAGGAGAGGUCGACUCCUGUUCUCUUCUGUGUUAUUUUAUUUCAGUCAUGGCUUGCGAACACUUGCUCUUGUUUUUCUGCAUCGCUCAGUUACAGUUUGAUUUGGGGCCUCGUCGA